CACUCGCCGUAGAGAGUCUACAAUCCCAGCCUGACAGAGACGAAGCCAAAGAGAGACGGGACAAAUGUAAAGUAACUCUUCAUCACACGAAUGAAGAUAAGAGGAUGUUGUAAAGGUUUGGGACUUUGAUGGGUCUAGGUUUUUAGUGUGCUAGCUUUAAACUUGCAGGUGUCUCCCGACAGGCGUCGCACCGACAUGCUGCUGUUUGCUCGCUGAAAUUAGCCCGAUCCCACUGACUAGCAGGAUGCUUCAAUAAUCCAACCAUCCGGAUGUUGUUUAUUUGCAUACACGCCAUCAUGUGUGCAGCUAGAUAUGUUAUUUUGCACUUUAGGUGAUUGACAUUAGCUUCCUCUGUCUGAAGAUCAUUAUGAGUGAAUUGUCCGUUUGGAGGAUCUGCAGAGGCUGCGAGGAAAGUCCACUCUGACACUGACACUUCUGCAAAAUGUCCUGGCUCCUCGAUUUGUUUUGUUUUGCGAAAUGUUUUAAUAAGCCAUAACUUCUGACAGCUCUGGUGUUUGUCUCAGGACAAGUUGCCCUAACUUGGCACAAAAGCUCAGCUGAAUGGAACAAGCCAUUUAAAUGAGUUUACAUAACAGCUGGUUGGAAAUAAGAGUGUCUGAGUUUACGACUUUCCAUUCAAGUUCUCCAUGAAACUUGUGCAGACGACUGACACAGGACUGCACUCGAUGUCCUGCAAUUGCUCAGAGUGUACACAGCGUUAACCCAUCCACCCAGCACUGACCAGCACCACUGCGCCUUUAAUAUUUCCUCGAGCCGUGAUUGGGUCUCACUUCAAAAUCUCCUCUUAUCAACUUGUGACCCAGGAGGCUUCCCUUGUCUGGACACUUAGAGCUAAAAGGAAACGCCUUAUGGAUGCAGUGAUCAAAGCCUGGCGAAGAAUAAAGGUCCUGCAUCAAAGCAACUUUGAUGAUCUUGCCCAAAUGGUGGAGAAAAGAUGGACCGCUCUCUUGUAAAGUAAAAUGCUUCACUCCAAAUCUCUCGUAGUUGGAUACUCCUGCAUGUCGGUGUACAAAUUCAUGGCAGUCAAAGCGGACACACACGGGGUCACUCUGUGCUGAUGGGGCUUAAGUUCUGUUUUGCGUGAUGUGAUGACGACUGUCUCAGUCUAUUGGAUUUCAAAAGUGCAAGCUGAGCUAAAUGCCAUCUACCGUGGCUGCACGACUGCAGCUGCGAAACUGGCCAAUAACUCAGUACUUUAAAGCUUUCCAACUGGCCCAAGACUUCCGAAGCCAUCAAACCGAUGAAGGGGAAACAUCUGUGUGGCAGUCUCACCUGGAUAUAAAGAAGAAAGCAUGCCUUUAAGGAAAAGAGAUACGGCCCGAGCGUUAGGGCUGCUGGAGGAUUACUGUUCCAAACUGAAGAAGCCAGAGGAGCAGCAGCUAAAAGCUGCCAUUCUGCGAGUGAUGGGUAUCUUCAGAAGCAGCCUCUUUCAGGCGCUCAUAGAUAUUCAGGAGUUUUAUGAGGUGACCCUGUUGAACUCUCAGAAGAGCUGUGAGCAGAAACUGGAGGAGGUGAAGCACAUGGCAGAGCAAUGCGAAAACUCGUCCACCAGCCCCGGCUUCUCGAACGCACACCCACAGCCUGCUUGCUUACAGCCGGAGGUGAUAGAGAAAAGCCACGCAGAGGAGCCUGUAGCUGACAGCAACGCCGGUGCAGAGAACAGGCCGCCGGCAGUUCAGGGCUCCCAGCAGCAGACCCACACUCCGGCCUGUAUGAACCCCAGCCCGAACCCGGCCCUGAUGAACUCGCCCUGGUAUCAUUAUCAGGAUGACGAGUCACCACCGGAGCACAGUUACCCCCGGUUGACCGGUGAGGUUCGAGCGCCAGAGCUGGUGCAUGUAUCCGAGAGGAACCUGUCAGAGAUUGAGAAUGUGCAUGGCUAUGUCUCGCACUCACACAUCUCACCACUGAAGCCUGCGCAGGUUACCCGGUUUGAUCUAUCAUACCCCGGGGUGACUGCCGCAAACUACCUGGCAAGCCCAGCACCAAUUAUAGUCAACACAGACACUCUGGAAUCAGUACCUUAUGUCAAUGGGACAGAAAUCGAAUAUGAAUUUGAAGAAAUUACGCUAGAGCGGGGUAACUCAGGGUUGGGGUUCAGUAUAGCAGGUGGGACGGAUAAUCCACACAUCGGAGACGAUCCUGGGAUCUUCAUCACCAAGAUCAUCCCCGGUGGUGCUGCGGCUGAGGACGGCAGGCUCCGGGUGAAUGACUGUAUCCUGCGUGUGAAUGAAGUAGACGUGUCCGAGGUUUCCCACAGCAGGGCCGUGGAGGCGCUGAAGGUGGCUGGCUCUAUUGUUCGGCUCUACGUACGCAGAAGGAGACCCAUGCUGGAGACCGUCGUCGAGAUCAAACUCAUCAAAGGACCAAAAGGGCUGGGCUUCAGUAUCGCGGGUGGAGUCGGUAACCAGCACAUUCCAGGUGAUAACAGCAUCUACGUCACUAAGAUAAUUGACGGAGGAGCGGCGCAGAAGGAUGGCAGGUUACAGGUUGGGGACAGGCUCCUCAUGGUUAAUAACUACACUCUGGAGGAGGUGACCCAUGAGGAGGCAGUAGCCAUACUGAAGAACACAUCAGAUGUUGUGUAUUUGAAGGUGGGAAAGCCCACUAGUGUUUACCUUUCAGAUCCCUAUGGGCCUCCCGAUAUUACCCACUCAUUUUCCCCUGCUAUGGAUAAUCAUAUCUCUGGUAAUAACGGGACUCUGGAGUAUAAGUCCAGUCUUCCUCCCAUCUCCCCUGGACGUUACUCACCCCUGCCACGCCACCUGCUGGGGGAGGAGGACAUUAACAGGUUGGAUGGCUUUUCAUUUUUACGAAAUCCCUCCUUAGAUGACGGGGAGGGCCACAGGUUUGAGUCCCAGCACUUCCAGUUGAGGCCUCCAGAGCCAGUUUACAGCACUGUGAAUAAACUGUGUGAUCGUGCUCCCUCUCCCCGUCACUACUCCCCUGUGGAGUUUGAUAAAAGCCCAAUGCACUCCGUCCCUUUUCCCCACUACCACGUAGGUGUGCUCCCAGACUCCGACAUUACCAGGGAACCGAGGAAGAUUGUUCUACAUAAGGGCUCCACCGGACUGGGCUUUAACAUCGUAGGAGGUGAAGAUGGCGAAGGAAUCUUCGUGUCCUUUAUCCUGGCAGGAGGACCGGCUGACCUGAGCGGGGAGCUGAGAAGAGGAGAUCAGAUCCUGUCUGUAAAUGGCAUUGAUUUGCGAGGAGCUACACAUGAACAGGCUGCAGCUGCACUGAAGGGGGCUGGUCAGACGGUGGCCAUCGUUGCCCAAUACAGGCCUGAGGAGCUUGCACUGUGCUCUCCACGUCGGGCUGCGCCUCCAGCCACAGAGUACGGACGCUUCGAGGCCAAGAUUCAUGACCUGAGAGAGCAGAUGAUGAACCACAGUAUGAGCUCCGGAUCAGGAUCCCUCCGAACCAAUCAGAAACGGUCCCUCUAUGUCAGGGCCCUGUUCGACUAUGACCGGUUGAAGGACAGUGGCCUGCCCAGUCAGGGUCUUAGCUUCCGUUAUGGAGACAUCCUGCAUGUGAUUAAUGCGUCAGAUGAUGAAUGGUGGCAGGCCAGGAGAGUCACUCCAGAUGGAGACAGUGAGGAAAUGGGGGUCAUUCCCAGCAAGAGGAGGGUGGAGAGAAAAGAGCGAGCUCGACUGAAGACAGUCAAAUUUAACGCAAAGCCUGGCAGCAUUGACUCUAAAGGGUCAUUCAGUGAAAAACGUAGAAAGAACUCCAUCUUUUCACGAAAGUUCCCUUUCUACAAGAACAAGGAGCUGGAUGAGCAAGACGGCAGCGACUCAGAACGAAGUCAAGAGGAUGUGAUUCUCUCCUAUGAGCCUGUGAUUCGGCAAGAAAUCAACUAUGCCAGACCUGUGAUCAUUCUGGGGCCCAUGAAAGAUAGAAUCAACGAUGAUCUCAUCUCUGAAUUCCCAGACAAGUUUGGCUCAUGUGUUCCACACACUACAAGAGGAAAGCGAGAGUAUGAAGUCGACGGGCGAGAUUAUCACUUCGUCACCUCGCGAGAGCAGAUGGAGAAGGACAUACAAGAGCACAAGUUCAUCGAGGCCGGACAAUACAAUGACAACCUGUAUGGGACCAGCGUCCAGUCAGUUAGAUACGUGGCUGAGAGGGGAAAGCACUGCAUACUUGACGUAUCAGGAAAUGCCAUAAAGAGGCUACAAGCAGCACAACUCUACCCCAUUGCCAUCUUUAUAAAGCCUAAAUCCAUCGAAUCAUUACUGGAGAUGAACAAGAGGUUGACGGACGAGCAGGCUAAGAAGACGUACGACCGGGCCAUGAAGCUGGAACAAGAGUUUGGCCAGUACUUUACAGCGCUGGUGCAAGUAGACACUUUGGAGGAUAUUUACACUCAGUGUAAGAUGGUAAUAGAGGAGCAGUCAGGACCUUAUAUCUGGAUUCCCUCCAAAGAGAAGCUAUAAGGAACAAACUCCCAUGCCAGGGACCUCUGGACUGCAAAAAUUAACAAAACAAAAACAAACAAACAAACAAAAAAAACAAACAAAAAAAAAACAAAACAUAGACAUCAUUUGUAACAUAUGAUAAAUUAUUAUGGUAAUGUUUCUUAUUGAUAAUUCUAGUGAAUAUAAUUUCAUUUGUUUGUUGUUUGUUUGUUUAUUUGUUAUGUUGCGAUUUUUUUUUUUUUUUUUUUUCACUUUCAAUAUGAAUGUUUCUGAAUGUACACCACAAAGUGUUGGAGACAUUUUUUUUGGCCUCGAAAACAAAGGGACUGUUUGUAUAUAUAUUGGUUAGUAUUUUUCAUUAAGAGAGGAAAAAAAAAAAAAAAAAAAAAGAUCAGAUGCAUCAAAAUCUACACUGGCUGUUUUCGUUCACAUUAAUCCCGGUUGGAGUCUGAACAGGAAGGAUGGAGCAGACAGGGUCAGGACUCUUGAUGAUGGAUGAUCUCCACACCACCGCCGCCAUCUUAAACGAUAUCAGUUUUGCUCGCUUCCUGGCCAGCCGCUGCCCUGCAGGACCCUUCUCCCCAACGUCAGCUCUCUCUGCAGCCCUGUACAUCUCGGAUCUAUGCAUUCCGUUUUUCUUUCUUUGUACACUGAUUUUUGUAUUUAUUUUUCUCUCGUGUUGUCCACCUUUUCUUGAAGAUUUUUUUCUCUCUUUCAUUUCUAAUUGUUCACGUAGCCAUGGAACUUUCAGAAAAAGUCGAACGAUGCUUUAAUUUGUGUGAACUGUAAAAAAGAAAAAAAAAAAAGGGAUACAGCUAGGUAUAGGCACUAUAUAAAUCAGUAUAUGACACUAUAUUUUGCUAUUUAUAUUGAUAUAGGGCACAACAGAACUAUUUAUAAAUAUGUUUAACUUUGUUUAAAAAAAAAAACACUUUUGAAAAAGAUUAUAUUGGUGUAAGAUACAGUGGAGAAAAUAGAAGUAGAAAUGUUUGAGGGUGUAGUGCAUCCUGUGUGUGAGAACUGGUCUGUGUGAGAACUGUGUGAGUGUGUACGUGGUAAUGCAUGGUGGUAGAAAUAUUUGUAGAAAUGGUUAUGAGUUGUGAGAACGAGUCUUCAUUAAGGCUGCGUGUGUGUGUGUGUGUGUGUGUGUGUGUGGUAAUGCAUGAUGGUGACCAAUAUGUUUUUCAAACUCAUACUGUCUGAAUGCAAAAUGUGAAGCAAUGAAAUGCAGAUGUUUAGAGUUGUCGAAAUUUUUUGUUCCGGUGAAAUCGUUAAAAAAUAGCAGUUGAAGGAGGAACAGUUUUUUUGUGUUUCUGUGGUUGGGUGCACUUUUAAAGUCAAGUUCCUGUUUCCUGUGCCAGGCACCUCUAAUAACUAAUGCCCAUGUCACACAGAGGCUUUAAAAUGGAUAUGGCAGUGUGCGUGUGGGUGUGUGCAUGGGUGUGUGCACGCAAAACAGCAUUUACAUUCAGAAAAAGGCACAUGGUCCCGUACACAUGUUUUGUACUCUAUGUGCCUGUACCCUUCUUAGAGCUAGGAGCUUUCAAGCAGGAAGUUUAGACCACAAAGGUCAAAAGACAGAGUGUGCAGAGCAGGAAAACAUAUAGUUCCAGUGUUCAUGCAGUGUGUUGUACAAAGGCCUGCUGAUUUAUUGGUCACCACUUGCCUUAAAGAUGAAUGAUUUUUGACUGGGAGGGAAUUUUUUUUACAUGUUGCUCAGACCGACAGCAUUUUGCUGGAUUUCAUUCUAAUUCAAAUGAUGUGAGAAUGCUGAGAGAAUGUGAGAAAGCAGAAAGCACCACCAUAAUCAUGGUCUAUCUCCAAAUCUCCGUCCUAAUAGAAUCAAAUAUGAAAACAAUUUUCCCAAAUGCCCUUGUUUUCAUGCAACAGUAAAAAUUCUAAUUGUUUGUAUUUUUAAGUCCUGAAUACACUGGAGGAGGAACUUCAUUCUUACUUUUUGUGGAAGAAAAAAAAAAAAGAAGCCUGCCAGGAGGCCAUUCACUGCGGCACUAGAGACAAAGCAAUAAUUUGCAUAAUACCAAUCUAAAUUUGUUAUUAUUGUCAGAAUGGAGCUGCUUGUGAUUCAGAUAGCCGCCAAAACAGAUGACUGUCACUCCAUUGUAUCCAGACCUUGCGCUUUUAUGUUGUCUAUCGCAUUAUUGUAUCUUGUUUCAUCAUCCCAUUUCAAACGUUCGUCCAAUAUUUAGCUGAUUUCCUUUCGGGAUGGUUUGCAAGAUGUCACCUUACAGACAGUGUGCACUGGAGAGAGGGUUCCUGCAGCACUAUGGUGCUCCCUGUGUAUUUCCCUUAAAACAGUCACCGUGAAAAACACCUAAAAGAAAUGGAGCUGGAUUUUUUUUCUCAGGGUUGCCAAAUAGGGCGUAAUUACUGAUCAAAACCAAACCCCCCGAGGGCAACGUGUUAAAAUUGGUUACAAAUAAAGCCUUUUGUUUCUCUCCUGAUCUUCCUUAGCACACUAAAGUACUGUACUUUAAUUCAAAUAGAAUUACACUUUCCCCCCCUUUUCUUCUUUCAUGCCUAAUAAUGUGCAAUGUUGUAAAUAAUGUUCCAUUAGCACUUUAUUCAUACUGGAAAAUCAGUUCCUGCCCAGCACCUUUGUUGUUUUUUUAUUAUUAUUAUUAUUAUUAUUAUUAAAGACUCUAUUUCUCUUGAAACAUCUCAUGCCCCCCUUCACUUCACUGUACAUAUAGAAUUGUUUAAACAUUUAAAGCACACAUUAUGUUAUCAUUGACGUAUGUUCUUAUAGAAACUCUUUUGUUCUUUUUGUAUUUAUAUUUUCAAAGAAAAAAAAAAUGAAAAGGAGGAACAUGUCCUUUGCAUCCUGUUGCAGUAUGUACCCCAAUUGCUUUGAAAAAAAAUCACAAUAAACCUUUGCUUUAGGCAUA